AUGAAGUGCGCUAUUUGCAUAAACUCAAAGAUAGAGACAGAUGCAGCCAGAGACAUAAGUUACUGUACAUCUUGUGGUCUGGUAAUUGAAGAAAGCACAAUUGUCUCAGACGUACAAUUUGCACAAGACACAAAAGGAUCUUCAAUCUUGCAAGGCCAGUACGUCUCUACUGGAGACACAAAAAAACUAGUUUCUGGGAAGUUCAUUACAACAAAUCACACGACAACAAUAAGAAGUAUAGCUAAAUCUAUUGGAGAAGCACUAGGAAUUGGUGAUUCACAGAUAAAUUCAGCCAUGAGAUGGUAUAAUCUAUCACUCCAAUUUAACUUCACAAAAGGAAGAAAGACACAAGUCCUUUUGGCUGCCUGCUUAUAUAUUACAUGUAGAGAAGAAGAAACACCCCAUAUGCUUGUUGAUUUUGCAUAUAUUUUAAGGAUAAAUGUCUUUAAGAUUGGAAGUAUCUUCUUAAAGUUAAUUCGUCUGCUGAAUAUAACGAUGCCUUUAGUAGAUCCUUCUUUGUUUGUACCUCGUUUCUGCAGUAAAUUAUCACUAAAUAAUCAAAGUAUUGGGAAGACAGCCUUAAGGUUAAUUGCACGCAUGGAUAGAGACUGGAUUGUAAUUGGUAGGAAGCCAGCUGGAAUAUGUGGUGCUGCUAUUCUUAUAGCCAGCCGGAUACACGGGAAUGAAAGGACAGUUGAGGAUGUAGCUGGUGCAGUGAGAGUCUGUGAGGCUACGAUAAACAAGAGACUGGCAGAACUGAAGGAGACAGCGACUGCAAAUCUAUCCAUAAAUGAGUUUAAUACGAUCUGGCUGGAGAAGGAAGAAGACCCGCCUAUUGUUAAGCUCAGAGGUAAAGUACUGAAUGAAUCAUUUUGCAGGAGAUUGAGUGCAUCAGAGGACCAUAAAGGCACUAGGGAUAUACUUGAUAAUCAGAAAAAUAUAACGGAUAAUCACAGGAAUAUACUUGAUAGUUAUAAAAACCUACAAAAAACAAAAAGUUAUGAAAAUCAAAAUAACAGAAAUAUAACGGAUAAUUACCAAGAUACACAUAAGAAUAUACAAGAUAUUCAAAGGAAUUCAUUAGAGACCAAUGAAAUAGCAGCGUAUAAUAAACAUCUGCAAGAAGUCACCUCAGACUAUGAGAAAUGCACAAAAUUCACAGAAUCAGCAGACUCAGAUGACUACAUAGGUACACCUGCCUCCUUGCAGACAGACCCCAUAAAUAUCACAUCUUACAACUUCCCAACUAAUUACGAAAGUGACCUUUCUGAUUGCAGCAUAGAACUAGAGAAUGACCUAUUCCUGAGCCAAGAAGAAAUUAAAGAAAAAGAAAGGAUAUGGAAUGUAAUGUAUGGAGACUUCUUGCUGGAAAGAAAAAAGAAAGAAGGCAGAGACAAAAAAGAAAAAAAGAAAGAAAAGAAAAAAGAAAAAGAAAAAAUACCGUUACAAGAUGCAGUUGAAUCUGCAGUUAAAACAAAGAAUCUUUCCUCCAGGAUAAAUUAUGCUGCAAUUAAGAACCUCUUCCAGCAGUAA